AUGGGCGUGUACCGUUCGUGCACACGACUCGCAAAUUUUAUCUUUCAUCGGUGCAUCCCCAUGAAAUUUUCGUACAAGAAGAAACUGAGGAUACACGAUGGAUGGAUCAACAAGGUGAUUCUGAACGGUAAAAACGACUUGAUGGCCACAUGUAGCACCGAUACGACCAUAAAAAUACUGAAACGGGAUGUUCUCCUCAAAACAAUACGCACACACAAACUGACGGUAAACGCGGUGGUGUUCUCCGAUGUGUAUCCCCUUUUGAUCAGUGUGAGCGAUGACAGGCGGGCACUGUGCCAUGAUCUGGUGACAAUGCGCAUAUUCCGCAGCUUCUACGGCAGUUACAGCAGCAUUCGGUGCGUAGACAUUGAUGGAGACGUGGUUGCUGUCGGUGACAGGAGCAGCGUCAUUCUGUACGAUUUGAGGAGCAGUGCGGCGAUAGACACGUAUAACAUUGGCAGAGUGGUGAACGAUGUUAAAAUAAUUAACAAAAAUACUGUGAUAGGCUGCCAUUCGCUGUACAUCAUGGAUGGAAGAAGGAGCUGCACCGCACUGUGCGUGAACCAGAACGAGAUAAAGGAAAUAAAACGGACCGGUGAUGGCGUUGCCAUCCUGAGCAGGGAGCGUGUCGUUGACCUGAAGAUGGACGAUCUGCUCAACCUGAGAUACUCAGAAGUAAAGUCAGAGACUGCCAGUUUUACGGGCUGUCAGCCCGUCAAUGACCGUUUUUACCUCACAAUGGAUGACAAGGUCGUGUUUAGUGAUAGACUAGAGAACGAGAUGGCAGAGAAUGGAAAGAACCGCGUGUUAGCUGCCGUGAAGGAGCGACUAAACGGCAUUUGCGUUGAUAAUAACGAGGAAAUGGUUGUUGCGUGUGGAGAGAGCCUUCACUAUUUGUACCGCAGAGAUGAUUCGUAG